AUCUCAGCAACCAGUGGCGACAUCUGUGCGUUCAAACAUGCAUUUUAAAGGUUGAACAUUUCCCUAUCAUCUGUCAAAGUUUCAUUCAUUUUGGUUGACAUAUAACGAAGAUAUGACAUUUCAUGUUAAACAAGAUUUUGGUCGAGGUAGAAAUUUUAAUAUGGAACAAAGAGCAGUGAUUAAAUUCAACGCAAAACUUGAUAAAAGUGCAUCAGAAACAUUCCGAUUGAUGCAACAAGUUUACGGCAGUCAAUGUCUAGGUCGUACAGUUGUUUUUGAGUGGCAUAAGCGUUUUUUGGAAGGCAGAGAGAACCUUGAAGAUGACAAAAAAUCAGGACGGCCAAUUUUGGUUCGAACACCCGAAAUGAUCGAAAAAGUACGCGAUUUUGUUGCAAACGAUCGCAAUGCAUCACUAAGAGUGAUGGAGGAGGCUUUAAAUAUCAGUAGAGAAACGAUUCGAACCAUAUUAUAUGAAGAUUUGGGUAAAACGAAGAGACAUCGUUGCAACCGCAGAAAAUAAUCCAAACUUCCUAAAAUCAAUUGUUACGGGUGAUGAAACAUGGUGCUUUCAA